UUGAUUGACCCAUCAACGGUUCUGAUUUAAUUGGGGUUGCAUCAGUCUAAUCACACUGACGAAUCAAUGGUUUUGAUUGAUGGGAUUGACUAUAUCUUGCUGACACUUGGCAACACUCUAUUCUUCUUGCUCACAAAGGCUGCUGAUUAUAUUGAUCCAGUCCCAGUUCCAUUUUUCUUUUUCAUUCUUCUCUCUCGCUUUGUUCCUCUGCCCCCCAACUCAUGAUGAACCACCCUGCAUCUGAUUCCAAGCAAUCUUGAAUCUUUUCCUGUUAAAAUUUCAGGUUUGAUUAGCAUUGAGACUUAAUACAGAGAAAGCACCUGACAAUGGAUCAUAAAGACAGGCUUUGUCAAGAAACAUGGGCAAACUCUUCAUCUUCUGGUAAUGAAUUACCCAAAAACAUUUCCACCCAGAAACCAUCGUAUGCCAAUUUCAAUUUCAACGCUCAGCAACAUCAGCAGAAGUGGGAAGAUACCUCUAUCUUUGGUGUUAGGACUAAUUCAACUUUCCAAGAAUUCAAUCCACAGUCUGAAACCCAAUCUUUGCUUCCUUCCAACAACAAUGAUCAUAUCAAAAUACCAGAUCGAGAAAGUAGUCGCAUUAAUGAGACUCUUCAAACCAACAAAGUCCCAGAUUGGGAUCCAAAGGCCAUGCUCAACAAUCUGUCUUUUCUUGAACAAAAGAUUCAUCAAUUACAAGAUUUGGCGCAUUUGAUCAUUGGCCGGAGGAGUCAGGUUUUGGGGCGGCCAGACGAACUGCUAACUCAGCAGCAGCAGCUUAUAACUGCUGAUCUCACUUCAAUUAUUGUUCAAUUGAUCUCUACUGCAGGUAGUCUCCUUCCAUCUGUGAAGCAUACGCUUUCUGUAGCCAUGCCUCCUGCUGGACAGCUUGGGGGGGUUCUGUUUCCCUCUGGAGCUGGCAUGAAUAGUAGUUUACAGCCACAAUAUAGUAGUGCAAGUAAAGUUUCUGAUCAGUCCAAUCAGAUGGAUAUUGCAGUAAACUGUGGGACUGAGCAGAACUACUCCAUUGAAGAACAUGAAAUGAGAGAUGAAGAAGAUGCUGAGGAAGGAGAGAACCUUCCACCUGGUUCCUAUGAGAUCUUGCAACUCGAAAAAGAAGAAAUCCUCGCCCCACAUACUCAUUUCUGUACAAUAUGUGGGAAAGGGUUCAAGAGAGAUGCGAAUCUACGGAUGCAUAUGAGAGGUCAUGGUGAUGAGUACAAAACUCCUGCUGCACUUGCAAAACCCAACAAGGAAGCCAGUUCUGAACCAGUGCUCAUUAAGAGGUAUUCCUGCCCUUUCGCCGGUUGCAAGCGGAACAAGGAUCACAAAAAGUUUCAGCCUUUGAAGACUAUUUUGUGCGUCAAAAACCAUUACAAGAGAACUCACUGUGACAAGAGCUACACUUGCAGCAGAUGCAACACCAAGAAAUUCUCAGUUAUUGCAGACCUCAAAACUCAUGAAAAGCAUUGUGGCAAGGAUAAAUGGCUUUGUUCAUGCGGUACGACAUUUUCAAGGAAAGACAAGCUUUUUGGUCACAUUGCUCUCUUCCAAGGUCAUACUCCGGCUAUUCCUCCUGACGAAACAAAAGCAACACCCGGGCCAUCUGAUAAAGGAGACGAAAAUGAAGUGGCAAACAGUGUUGGAAGUAUGAAUUAUAGCUUUGGCUCAGGUGGUGCUAAUGGAAGUGGAGCUCAAGAUAUUAUGGAUGUUAAGGGGGGUGUUGAUGAUCCUGCUAGUUAUUUCUCACCAUUGAACUUUGAUACUUGUAAUUUUGGUGGGUUUCACGAGUUCCCUCGACCUCCAUUUGAUGAUUCAGAAAGUUCAUUCUCUUUUCUGAUUUCUGGUCUAUGUAAUUACAGUCAGAAAACUGGAGGGGAGUCGAGUUCUAAUAAUAUACACUGAUGUUUCUAGCUGUUUUACAAUUUGAUUGCAUAAGUUAUCCUAGGUUUCUAAUUGAUGUUACCUCAUAUGUAAUUUCAUUAGUUUCAAUAAAUGAAUUUCCUUUGCCAUUCA